AUCAGCAAAAAACCACAGUGAUUGAAAACGGUGAAAUCAGAUUCAAUGGAAAAGGGAAAAAGAUUCGGAAGCCUCGAACCAUUUACUCUAGUCUACAACUCCAGGCUUUGAAUCAUCGCUUUCAGCAGACUCAGUACCUGGCACUUCCAGAGAGAGCUGAACUGGCAGCUUCAUUGGGACUUACCCAGACACAGGUGAAGAUCUGGUUUCAGAACAAGCGCUCCAAAUUCAAGAAGCUGCUGAAGCAGGGCAGCAACCCCCAUGAGAGCGACCCUCUGCCCGGCUCCGCUGCCCUCUCCCCUCGCUCUCCGGCUCUGCCUCCAGUCUGGGACGUUUCAGCUUCUGCCAAGGGAGUCAAUAUGCCUCCCAACAGCUACAUGCCUGGCUAUUCUCACUGGUAUUCUUCUCCACAUCAAGACACAAUGCAGAGACCACAAAUGAUGUGA